AUGAGUAAAUAUAGUCUUCAACCACCAUCAUCAGAUUACAAUUCAGUUCCCUCUUAUGCUUUCCAACAACCAGUAAACCAUCAAUUCCCUCCUCCAUACUCGGAACACCAACAACAACCUCAACACAAUGCUGUGAUCUACAAUAAGGGUGGGUUUGUCGUACCAGAACAACAACCCUACAUUCCUAGCCAAUAUGAAGUGAAUGGAGUAUUGAAUCCAGCCUCUAACACAAUCAUUCAGUACACAACAGGAAACAACCUGAAUCAAGGAAAAGCUCAAGACUGGGAUAAGAAUCCAAACUCAUGUUGUACAAUUCUGUAG